UUAUACAGAAGACUUGCAGAUCCAACAAGGGGUUACAUAUCUGCCUGUUAGAUCCACAUUGCUUAUCUCUUAUUUACAUGAAAAGAAAGUCUCUUGGGGUUGGAAGGCCACCCAGACACUAAUCUCUUGCGUUCAGCUGAUGUCCUGGGGAUUCUAUAUAAAGAGCAGCACAGGACAGAGCCUGUACAACUGUGUAACAGCUAAGCCCGAUUGCAGCACCCUCUACUGUGCUAGCAAGAAACAUAACCUGGACCAAUGCAGUCUGCAAUGAUGAUGUUCUCAUCCAAAUACUGGGUCAGGAGGGGGAUGUCAUUGGACUCUGCAAUGUCCCAGGACUUCCUAAAUGCACCCUCGAGAGACAAGGUGAAUGUUUUGAGAAUUGAUGAAAAUAAAUGCAGCAAGACUGAAGCAGCUGCAGAAACAGAGAGAACAGCAGUUGUACUUACAAUGAAAAAUGAAGUUGGUGGAUUAUUGCAAAAUCUAAAAAUUUUCAAGGAAAAGUAUGUGAGUAUUAUUCACAUAGAAUCACGUAAAUCUAAGGUGAACAAGUCUGAGGUGGACAUGUAUGUGGAAUUUGAAUGUACCAAGAAAAAAUGCCAAGAACUCCAACAUCUGCUGAAACUUCAAAGCAGCAUCAUUUCCCUGAAUCCAGCUGAGAAGAUCUGGAGGGAAGAUGAAGAGCUGGAAGGAGUGCUGUGGUUUCCCAGGAAGAUAUCUGAACUUGAUAAAUGCUCCAAGAGAGUCUUGAUGUAUGGAUCAGAACUGGAUGCUGACCAUCCGGGAUUUAAGGACAAUGUGUACAGACAAAGAAGAAAGUACUUUGUUGACGUGGCAAUGAACUAUAAAUUUGGCCAACCCAUACCUAGAGUGGAGUACACAGCAGAAGAGAUAAAAACAUGGGGCACUGUCUUUAGGGAACUUACCAAAUUAUACCCAACGCAUGCCUGCAAAGAGUACUUGAAGAACCUCCCACUGUUAACCAAGUAUUGUGGGUACAGAGAAGAUAAUGUUCCACAACUUGAGGAUGUUGCUAUAUUUCUCAAAGAAAGAUCUGGCUUCAUGGUGAGACCUGUUGCGGGCUAUCUGUCACCUAGAGACUUUUUAGCAGGCUUAGCCUACCGGGUUUUCCAUUGCACGCAGUACAUUAGGCAUGGAUCAGAUCCCCUCUACACACCUGAGCCGGACACAUGCCAUGAAUUGCUGGGCCAUGUUCCUUUGCUUGCGGACCCCAAAUUUGCCCAGUUUUCACAGGAGAUUGGUCUUGCUUCUUUGGGUGCGUCUGAUGAAGAUGUUCAGAAACUUGCAACUUGUUAUUUCUUUACAAUUGAAUUUGGCCUCUGCAAACAGGACGGACAGCUACGUGCGUAUGGAGCAGGACUGCUGUCUUCUAUUGGGGAAUUAACGCAUGCUUUGUCUGACAAAGCUAUUGUGAAACCAUUUGAUCCAAAGACAACCUGCUUACAAGAAUGUAUUAUCACCACCUUUCAGGAUUCCUACUUUGUGUCAGAAAGCUUUGAUGAAGCCAAGGAAAAAAUUAGGGAAUUUGCCAAAUCACUCAACAGACCUUUUUCAGUCUACUUCAAUCCUUAUACUCAGAACAUUGAUAUCCUUAACAACACCCGGAGUAUCGAAAAUGUCAUUCAAGAUUUAAGGAGUGAUCUAAACACAGUGUGUGAUGCUUUAACCAAAAUGAAUAAAUAUUUGGGAAUAUAAAUGAAAACCAAAAACCUCCCACAAAACUUGUCCCGUUUUGUGUAAAAGAAACGCUAAUGCAAAUAUUCAGGAAGGACGAAUUUACAAAUACUUCGCAAGAUUUCUAUAGGCAUACCAUCGCAGCACAUACCAUCUCAGGAAAAAAAGGACAUAUUAUAAACAUAUUAUAUUGUAUUCCAACUUGGAAAUACAUGUAUGUAUAUGUGUUGAUGUUGCAGAUGUCCUCUGAAGAUGCUGUAUUCUAGUAUUAGCAGAUUUACUAAGGGUCAAAUUUCGAAGUUAAAAAAAUGUCGUCAUUCGACCCUCAAAUUAAAAUCCUUCGACUUCGAAUAUCGAAGUCGAAGGAUUUUUAGCAUAUUCAAUCGAUCAAAAGAUUAAAUAGAUUAGAGCGAUUUUUAGCGAUCGAUCGAAGGAUUUCUAUUCGAUGUGUAAAGACUUAGAAAAGUGCUGUGGAA